AUGGACGUUAGCGCGAAGUAUCAGCACUGGAUGGCAGAAAGUCAUUGGCGAGCUCGUGACAGCUUUACAGUUCAUCCGAAUAGAGCGGCAGAUGCUGCGCCGCCUUCGAAUAGUCCCGUGCUGCCUCGAAUUGCGUCGCUUUUAAUGAGCGCCGAGCGAAGCGAUGAUAGAGAGACGAAGGGCACGAGGAGUUUAUCAGUGGCAGGAGUUACAGGGGGGAACGAUGACGAUCGGAUCUACUGGAAGCCGAGUAAACUCUUCACUGGAUUACAAGGAAUAAACGGGUGGCGGUCUUCAUCUUACUCCGCUGCUCGGACUUCGAACCGACAACUGUUCCCUUCUGAUGUUCCAGCUGUCUCAAGUGUCAUGCGUCCUGAUGUCUAUCAAGAACUGGGCUCAAGAGGUGAUACAUGUGCUGCUUCAACUACUCAUGCCCCACUAGAUGCUGCAGUUUUCGUGUCUCGUGUGGAUCAGCUUUUGCCUCAGUCUUCUCUGGACGUCGAUAAGCGAGGACGUCCCAUUUCCGCUGAAAGCUCUCCUUGCUCCUUACCGCAGAUACCGGUGCAGCCCAUGCUACUUGGUUCUCCAACGAUGAGUCAAGAACGCGACUUUGCUGGAUGCCGUCGACUGAAUUAUCCCCACAGCAUUGACCCGCUCACGAUCCAAAGCCUAGCCAAGUCUUUGUUGAUUCCAGCGAUCCACCAGGACUCUCCACUGGUCAUGAAACAGUUGCGGACUACCAGGGACUUCUUUCAUCAAGUGGCACCACCGUACGUUAAUGCGGAUCACUUCAGUCAAGUUAAGGCACACAAAGUCCGGACGAGUGUCACGAAGCGGCGGCGAGUGGUGACACCGGAUACCACGCCUUGCCAGCCCAGUGACGAAUCUGAGUACGGGCAGGCCGUGUCCAAAACAUCAAAGGCGCUCAAGCGUUCGAGAUGUAGCCACGAUACCGGGCCUGCUAAAGAUAGCGAUUUGACCGCGCUCAACGUCCGUGGCAACUCAGAAAGGAUGGAGAAGUUUGACUCUCGAAUUAAGGUUGGCUCACACCUACGCUACAGUAGAGAUGAGGAGGUCGCCACUGAUACUGCGACUGCGACUGAGACGCCGGCGCUAGCGCUUAGCAUACAACCCAACGUGAAAAAGUGCGAGCCUUCUCCUCAUUCGACGAUGGCUUUUGAUUCCAAAGAUCUUCUGACGUCCGCAGGUUUCGUGCGCAACCGUCACGGCGAGGUCGACUGGGUAGCCACGUUCCUGGACGUGGGCUUUGACUCGUCCAGUAUAUACGCGCUCAUGUGCCCUCUACGCAAAGGCCGGUGGAAGUUGGAAGAAGAACGUUAUACUCUGGGACUGCUUCAGCUCAUUGAAAAUGGGACGAUUUUGUUGCGACACGGCCAGAGCAUUCGCGGCUACAUCGGCGAGAAGCUGCAUAGUGACGAUAUGCGAGUGCUCAAGAAGCUCAGCAACUGCAAGAUGUUCCACUUUGCCAAACUUAUCAAUCCGAGACUGGCGGAAAAAGAGGACUUGGAUGUGACUGCACUUGGUGCCCACGAAGGGUUAAAGCGAUUGGAUCGGCUUCGGGGUGAGUUUUUGCGCUCGGUGCAGCUGGAAGCACUUGUAGCAGUUCGCAAACAUCUUAGCGACAGCUCGCUGUGUGAUUUGCUUAGCGCGCGUGCCUGA